AUGGCUACAGUCUCCUGGGAAACCGUCAAGUUCCUCCUUAUCUUUUUCGGGCCAAUCUUACUCCCACGCCUGAUCAAUGCCUACCGAAGCCUCCGGGUAUCCAUUGCUAGUCGGCCACCGCCGUGUCCUCUACCUGCCGCUCCUGGUCGAGCGCUCAACAUCUUAUUUUGCAGCAUCGUAUUCUUUCUGCUCCUCAGCAUACCCUUCAACCCACACGCGCCCGAGCCCAAUAUCUUCACCCUCACUCGUUCUCGCCUCAACACCCCGACCGAUGUCAUCUUCAGCCGCCUCGCCCGGCUCCGGCCAGAUAACCGCCUGGCCGAAGCGGAUAAUCUUCUCCAGUCCCGGUUCACCUCCCUGAGAGCUCGUAAGGCGUACCUGACCUUUGGGCCUGAUGCAUUGGUAUCAUGCCAGUACUGCUCCUUUGACAACCUCAACACAUAUCUGAUGUACUACCUGCCGUUCCAUGUGUUGCUCCCACACCUGGUACAUCUCCUGAUUCUCGGCGCAGCGACAUCCGCGCCCAUCGCAGGCCGCGAAGUCUCCCGCUGGCGUACAAAGUUUACACUCGCCGCACUCGUCCUGGCGGCUAUCGACAUUUACAUUGUGGCUACCUACGAUGCGAUCCAGGACGCGCCACGCGCCGUACGCGAGAGCCAAAUACCGCCCUCUGGGCUUUACAACUACAUGACGCUCCUGCGACCGCUGGCGUUCGUGAUCUGCGAUGUGGUCUGCUCGGUUGUGAUUUGGCUCUCUGCGACCAACCGGUUCUUUUUCAAGCCGCCGUCGCCCGCUGAGCAAGUUGACGAUGCCGUGUCGGUGGCGGUGCAGGCGUUGAUGAGCGCAAACUCGAAACUACAUGCUACCAACGUUACUCGUAAUGCAGUGGUUCGAGACCAGGGAUUGAAAUAUCGCGAUGACUUGUAUUGGCGGACUAUGGUGGCUUCGGAGAACCCCACUCAGGGGCCUGGAGAAGGUGGGGAGCAGAUCCUCAACAAUAUUUGGGAGGAGGAGGAAGUCGCAAGGGCGAUGUCACGGGUCAUGGCCGGACAGGGUGGAAUCGAUUUAGCCCAGUUGGGGGUGAGUGCCAAUGAUUUUGUGCGAGAGGUUACAGACGGUUUAGAGUGA